AUGGCUGCCUGUCUAUUGCAUGAGCGUCAAUUCCAGUACACAACUUUGUUUAGUAUAGAGGCUCCCUGUCUCUCGCAUAAGAGCCAAUUCCAGAGUAGGGUGGAGGAUGCCAGCGAAGAUUGUCCCAAGCCCCCCGGCCUGAAAACUCAAGCAAGUGAUUACUUUAAGGCCCAAAUGCUGCGCAUCACGACAACCCAAUUGCUGCAAGUGGACAGUUCCUGCGGGCAGCGGAAACAUCCAGAAAACGCCCAGGAUUUCUGCAAUCGCCGGGAUCAGAAUACAGAAGGGCACUCGAGCGGACUAGGUUCCACGUCACGCAGUCUGUCGUCUGCCUAA